AUGGAUCAUCAGCACUUCAAAGUAUCACGCAAAACGCGUCUUAGAGCUGUGAUCGCCAUAUCUUUCUGCUUCUUUGUCGCAGAAAUCUCUGUCGGUUUCUACACUCACUCGAUUGCUCUCGUAGCAGACGCAUUCCACUAUCUCAACGACCUCAUUGGCUUCAUUGUCGCCCUGGUGGCAGUCCAAGUGACAGAGCGCAAGGACUCCCCGCAAGAUCUCACCUUCGGCUGGACCCGUGCACAACUUCUCGGUGCUUUCUUCAACGGCGCAUUCCUUCUCGCUCUAGGUCUAAGCAUUGCCCUGCAAUCGAUCGAGCGCUUCAUCUCCCUCCAACAUGUCGAGAACCCAAAGCUGGUGCUGAUAGUAGGAUGCAUUGGCCUUACCCUAAAUCUCAUCAGCGCUGCAUUCCUCCACGAGCAUGACCACGGCGACGGCCAUGGACACAGCCACGGUCACAACCACUCUAGCCAUGCACACGGCGACAUUGAGAGCCUCUCAUCCACAUCCACGCACGAUGCGACCUCUACACACAACCACCACCUCGAACACCUUCACCUCUCCCUCACCCCUUCCAAGCACGGCAUGGACCUCGGCAUCCUCGGCGUACUCAUCCACAUCCUCGGCGACGCAAUCAACAACAUCGGCGUCAUAAUCUCUGCGCUCAUAAUCUGGCUUACGCACUCGCCCUCCCGCUUCUACGCGGACCCAGCAGUAUCGAUGUGGAUCGCGAUCAUGAUCCUGAUCUCUGCUGUCCCGCUGACCAAGCGCUCUGGCAAGAUCUUGCUCCAAUCUGCGCCGCUAGGUGUCAAGGUAGAGGACGUGAAGCAUGAUUUGGAGAGUAUACCGGGUGUGUUGAGCGUGCACGAAUUACACGUUUGGCGUCUGGAUCAGAGGAAGGCGAUUGCGAGUGCGCAUGUCGUGGUUAGUGAUCCGGAUGUAGAGAGCUUUAUGAGGAAGGCGAAGGUCAUCAGUGAGUGUCUGCAUGCGUAUGGAAUACAUUCUGCGACGCUACAACCGGAGCUGCCAGCGCAGAGAGUUGUGGAUGACGGCGCGACGGAGGUGGGGUCAGCAGUGACGACUGCAAGGACGAGUCUGGAGAAAUGUGGUGUGCCCUGUGGAAGUGUGUGUGAGGACUUGAAGUGCUGCAAGUGA